AAGUAUGAAGUGCAAUGAAAAGUGGAUGUGGUGUUUAUAGCAACGAUAAUUGCGGGGAUAAAGCGGACUGGUCAUCCCCUCGGAUAUAUGUUGUUUGGCCAAACGCCACCGUACCGUUUUACAUUAAUCCAGAGCACUUUGACCACUACCAGGCUCUGACCAUAAUGUCUGCACUUACGUCCUUCGCGUACCAGACCUGCUUGAAAUUCGCGCCGUCGCUCACAGCCCCCAAAGAUGGCGCCCACGUGAUGGUAUUUGAGAACCCGCACGGAGUCAGGAAAUGCGUCCUCGACACGGAGGGCCAUCCCAGAGACGAUGCACAUCGUGUGAUACUCGGAUACGACUGCCUCAAGUCCCCAAAUAUCGAUAUGGUCCUAAUGAGGGCUUUGGGCUUUCCCUUCGAGCACAACAGAAGUAUCAGAGACGACCACAUACAAGUACUAUUCGAGAACAUAGAAACGAGUAAGUUUAAUUUAUUUCUAUUUUAA